UGGUUGAGUAAAAAGUUUCUGUCUGAUUUCUGAAUGGUAAAAUGAAAUGAACUUGUGCGUCACCUAUUUUAGACGGUUUGUUCAGUCGCAGAAACUUGUGUUUCAGUACCGAUAGCAAUUUUGUAAUUUUAUUUAAAUGCGUUUCACUGCAUUAUGUGUUGAGGUAUUUACUAAUGAGAAGUUGCAACUGUGAUAUAGACUUGAGCGCUUUUCAUUAUGGAUAAACGAAAACGAGAGGUCAAGUUUACACAGGAAAAUGUUGUGGUUAAAAUGGUUGGUCCUUUAAAAGAUGAAGCUUCUUAUGAAGGAACAUUGAUGAUUGUCGAGGAACGCCAUGGCCCUGAAAUUGAAUGGCACCCAAAAUCUAAAAUAAAAACCAGUGAAGACAGAAAUGUUAGCCCAGACAGUGAAAAUUUAGAUUGGGAAGAUGUUACCUCAUCAGUGGAAUAUAAAGUUCAUUCUGAGGAUCAUGAUGAAAGCCUUGAUGCAGUUGAAAUUAAAUCUGUGCCUACUCCAAAUAUUAUAAAAUUUGAUAUACCUGAUCUGAAAUCGUUUAUAAGAACUGAAGGUGAGAGCAGUUAUAAAGUUGUAGUAACAUUCCUGUUGAAAGAUGGUACCCAUGUUCCUGCUUUGCAUUUUCAAAGUGAUGAUUUUGGAAAAUUUUGUGCUGCUAUAGAUAAUUAUGUCCGGUUUAAAAGAUCAAAAAAGGAAAACAAUUUGUACUUGGUCAUUGAUCCAAAAGUUGAUGCUCUAGAAAAAUCAUUUAGUGAACUAGAUCUAUUUAGUGACAGUAAAUCUCACAUUAUAACGAAGCUCAUCCAUGAUCCAUAUAAUACAGCAAUGGGUGGCUUUUCAAAGGUGACAAACUAUCUCGUUGACUAUAUGUUAUAUGGAAAUGGUGCGGAGAACUCGACAAAGUGCUCAGAAGAUGAACUCAAAGGUUUUAUGUCCGAGAAUCUUUUACAUGUUGACAUCGACCAUCAGGAAGAACCUGGUUUUGAAAUGAUCACUUGCAUCGAAUUACCUCCCAGACCUGAAGUGAAGAGAGAAGAUCCUGUAACAUUAGAGGAGUGGAAUUCAUUUUUAGACUCUGAGAGUAGAAUCAUGAAUGCCGAGAGCUUGAAGAAGCGCAUUUUUAAUGGAGGUUUGGUCCAUUCCAUCCGAUCUGAAGCUUGGAAGUAUCUUCUUGGUUUUUACAGCUUUGAAGCAACAAAUAAGGACAAGAUGGUUAUAAGGAAAAAGCGGGAAGAAGAUUAUUUUCGAAUGAAACUGCAGUGGAAAUCCAUUGAUGCUGAUCAAGAAUCAAGAUUUUCUGCUUUAAGAGAAAGAAAAAGUUUAAUUGAAAAAGAUGUCAGCAGGACAGAUAGAACCCAUCCUUUUUAUGAAGGAGAAAAUAAUGCCAAUAUCAACAUGUUGCAAGAUAUACUCAUGACCUAUUGCAUGUAUAAUUUUGACUUGGGGUAUGUUCAAGGAAUGAGUGAUCUACUUUCCCCUAUAUUAGUUGUGAUGCAAAAUGAGCUUGAUGCAUUUUGGUGCUUUGCUGGUUGGCUAAAAAAUAUAGGUGUCAAUUUUGAGCUUGAGCAGCAAGGCAUGAAAAACCAACUUCAAGAUUUACAUAGAUUAUUACAUUUUGUUGAUUCUCACCUAUGCAGUUAUUUAGAGAAACACGACUCUGGAAAUUUGUAUUUUGCAUUCAGGUGGCUUCUCAUCCUUUUCAAAAGAGAUUUUAAAUUCAUGGAAAUCAUGAGAUUAUGGGAGGUGCUUUGGACUGGUUUGCCCUGUAAAAACUUUCAUCUUUUAAUAUGCAUAGCGAUUUUAGACUCUGAAAAGACAACUAUCAUGGAGAAUGAGUUUGGUCUUACAGAAAUUUUAAAGCAUGUCAAUGAAAUGUCCUACAAAAUAAAUUUAGAUGACACCCUGUGUAAAGCAGAAGCCAUAUAUCUUCAAAUAAAAAACAGCAAGUAUCAAUCGGACGUUGUACGAACCAUACUAGGACUGGAAGCGGUCACACCUGGUCCAGAAAUACGGUUGCUGAGAGAACGUGUAAGAACUGAAAAAAAGCCUACGGUAUCUUUGUCUAUUGACAAAGAUUUAAGUGGAACUAGCAGUUCAGACAAUAUGGAUGAUUAUGUUGAUCUAGAACAGCAUAGCUAUCAGCUACCCUUUGACUUAUUUUCUUAAAUAAAUCCAUUUGUACGAGGCGUGUUUUUAAAGUAAGUUCCGUUUUUAUAUAAAAAAGGAACGAGUACAGAUAGAGCUAAGUAAUUUAGUGCACAAAAAUCUACCACCCUUACGCUAUUUUUCGACAUUGCUCCCGUGAUUUUCCAAGUAUUUGUCAUAGCGUGGUACAGGUUUUUGUAUACCUAUUCGUACAAAGUUACCGCCCGUUUAGUCAACCAUGAGGACUCUUACAGGGCUUUGGCUAGGGCGUUUUUGAACAUCCUCUGGUCUGCCCUCACCUCGCUCGCAGCAUCUUUCAUUUGUUUCGGCAUCUAAAGUCUUUCCAAGGUGGUCUGUGGCACAACAGCAAUAAUGAGCUCAGAGAACAUGUUAUCCCAUGGCUGACUACACAGGCGGCAAUUUUCUAUGAAUAGGUAUACAAAAACCUGUACCACGCUAUGACAAAUGUUUGGAAAAUCACGGGAGCAAUGUCAAAAAAUAGCGUAAGGAUGGUAGAUUUUUGUGCAAUAAAUUUCUUUGCUCUAUCUGUACUCGUUCUUUUUUUAUGUCAAAACGGAACUUACUUUAAAAAUACGCCUCGUAUAUUGGUACAGGACUACCACAGGCAAAGUAGAUUUUCUUGUCAUUUUUAUUAGGUCGAAAAUGGUCUGAAUGCUACAAACUUUUUCAAUCAUCCAUAAAUUUGUCUUUUUUUUUUUUGCUUGAUUCUAAUUCUAAAUGUAAUUUUUCUGUGUGUAAAAUGUAAAAUUGCCCUCAUAUUUGAAGACCGUUACUGAAUAAUAAAAUCAUACUAUGAGGACAUAAAGCACAACUGCUUCGAAAACAAAAAUCUGAUUUCAAAUUAAUUCAUGUGCUUGUUAAUCAUACUACCACUGUGUAACAGAAUGCACUUGCUGCUUGAUAUACCACCAAGGGAUGCUGUAAAAUGAAGAAUUAUCUGCAAUAGGUAAAUGGGGGUUAUAUGGAAGGUAGCUUCAGUUUUCUUUCUAUUUCAAAUUUUUAACUAAACAUAGACUAUUCAUGUUUUGAAGAAGAAAGUUUGGAAUCUAGAUUACAAAUACGUAAAAUGAAUAAAAAAAAUGUUAAAUUACUUAAUAUGUAAUGUAAACAGCAAAUUAAUGUUCCUGCAUGCUGUCUGUGUAAUAAAUGAUUGCGACUUAUUUAUAUUUUCUUUCUCUGAUAGUUGUAUCCUUUAUGUCCUCUUCCAGUGAGCAAAUAAAAAUAUUUAAAAAAAAAAAAAA